UUUUUCCAUCUCUCGCCUCGCUUUACAGUAAAAUACGUAUCUGGCCUCGUUGCAUGUGCUUUUUUCUCGCUUUGAAUUUUUCGCCUCUCACUCUCAUGGAUAACCCCUACUCGCGCUGCGUUUCCGGCUCGCUAACCCAUGAUCUGUUCAUAUUGAAGGUGGAGUCGCUUCCGGACUCACGAUCCUCAUCCUAAUCUCACCGCGGUGCUGUGCAUGAAAUUGGCUGGAAGGCUACUCCGUAUCUGUCCAUCCGCCCACUCUGUGCCUGAGCGUUUCGCACUCCUGAUGACGCCUCACCUGCAGUUGAUUCCUGCUACCACGACAACCACGGCCGGCCCCAGCGCGCAUCCCGGCCCCCUAUCCUUACCAACCCAACGAGCUGCCAAUCAUGCGCGCAGGCCCCGUCAAUUGUCAGAUUUUGCUGGGUGGAGAGAGAGAUCGGACAAGGCCCUUGGCUGGUGCGUCUCGUGCAUAUGCCAACAUGCUGCAUAUACUACAGGCACAGGCGCUGCGAAGCGAGCCCGGAGCACGGGAAGCACAGAGCACAGAGCAUGGAGAAGGACGAUCCUGAACUGGGCUCUGUUUUUGAUUACCUAGGCCGGGUCGGGUGUUGUGGGCGACACAGCGUAUUACACAUACAAACAAACUACAUUAGUCUACUGUAGCAACCGCACACGAACGAGUAACCACUUUAUGGUACUGGUAUCGUGCCUGAUAACUAUCAAAUAGUAUCUGUUAGCUUCAUAGCUCUUUAGCCCGUCAAGCGGGGGACAGAAAACCCGAGAUUAAGAAGAUUACGAACACACACACCUUAAAUAAUAC